CUUGUUUUUUUCGGGGAAUUUAAUUUUUGAGAAGAAAUUACUUUCGGCUUUUGUUUCAUUAAUAUUGACCUUUCUGUACGGUUUCUACAAGUCGCAUUUCAUAUGUAUGUACUACUGCAUACAUUGAAGUCGAGUCAUGUUCAUUGAACCUGUCCAUCAGUCAAGAGUCCGCCGGGCGCGACGUGCUGGCACGCAAUGCUACUCAAGCUGUGAUUGGCGCUCCUCACAAUGGUGGUUGUGUUCCACACUCGUAUCCGAGUUGCUCCCAGGAUUCCUUGCAAAGCCAAACCAUAGAAUGCAUAGCCAAGCUGCAACGAAAUUCCACGUAGACUGGCUGAGUUUUCAAGUAGUAGAAGUAUUUUCGAACCAUCUAAAGAUUAUAAAGUCUAAUUCUAAGACAGAGUUCUGUAGUAACUUGUUACAAUUAACUAAGUUACUGAAAAAUGACGUUAUUUGUAACUUGUAGUGUAACUUCAGUACU